UUAAAAAACGUUAGUCGCCAUUUCUACUCGUUUAGCUUCCGCUGCGCCGCUGCACAUCCCACGACGUCAAGAUGCCGUCGCACAAGUCGUUUAUGAUCAAGAAGAAGCUGGCCAAGAAGCAGAGGCAGAACAGGCCUAUUCCUCACUGGAUUCGUCUUCGUACCGACAACACUAUCAGGUACAAUGCCAAGCGCAGGCACUGGCGUAGAACCAAGCUCGGAUUCUAGAUGAACGCUUCAUCUAAAAGUGUCUUGUUUUCUGUUCGGUUUAGCAUUUCCUCUUAUGUUGUGACAUUUUCAUUUCCUUUUGUAAGACUUGUCUCGUGAUUUUCCAUCAAAUUUUCUAUUUAUAAAAUGACAUCGUUGCAGAUGUGUUAUUUGUUUGUCCAA